CCGACAAACCCGGACGACUUUUUGCGGGUCAUCUCUACCUUCUUUUCGACUUGCUUGCGUUGCCCGCUGCUGCUCAGAGAAUCGCCGUCAGAAUGCCUUCGGAACAAGGUCACAGACUUUAUGUCAAGGGUCGCCACCUGAGCUACCAGCGCUCCAAGCGCCAGGUCAACCCCAACACCAGUCUGAUCAAGAUCGACGGUGUUGACAACACUGAUGCCGCCAACUUCUACCUGGGCAAGAAGGUCGCUUUCGUCUACCGGGCCAAGCGUGAGGUUCGGGGCUCCAACAUCCGGGUGAUCUGGGGCAAGGUCACCCGCUCUCACGGCAACUCCGGCGUUGUCCGUGCUCAGUUCCGCCACAACCUCCCUCCCAAGUCCUUCGGUGCUUCCGUCCGUGUCAUGCUCUACCCCUCCAACAUCUAAACGACCCAUUUUAUAUCAUGUUGUUAGCUGGCACUUUUUUCCGGGAAUUCUUUGCGCAGACGGUCGGGCAAAGGAAGUCGGGAAAUCGCCGAUGUUGAAUUGAGAUGGGAGUUGGGCGGUUGAAUAAUGUUUCGUGGGAGAGGGCAGGGCCUGUUUUUCCGCCCUACGAAUUGAAAUAAAAGAAAUCACUUUGUUUUUCCUUUUAUUUGCUACAGCAUGUUGAAUUUGGUCGGCUUCUGGACACUUUUUAUCGAAGGGGCUCUCUCCCACCCUGUUUAGGUACGGGGGGGGUUUUUGAGAGCUCCGACGUGUCUUUUGUCUGACAAGCAUGGCCUCCCGACGAUCAUCAAACACCAAUCCAUACCAUUUCAACCAUCGGUACUAUUCCAUUAUGCUUGGGCCUCGUGCGCAUGAUUCUUGAUAAGUGGGCUAGCAUCGGCUAUGUACAGUUAUCUAUCUUGGAUCAAUUACCCAUGCGACCACGAUCCAAUAGCUGUCACCCUUAUCUGUAUCUUGUAUCGCAUGUGUAGUGAUCUAGCCACAGUCCGCAGAUCUGAC